AUGGUAAACGGGCGUCCCACAAAGGAGUUUGUGGUGGGCAAAGGUUUGAGACAAGGAGAUCCUUUAUCUCCUUUUCUCUUUGUUUUGGUGACGGAGGGAUUGACGAGAUUAGUAAGAAAGUCGAUUGUCAAUGGGGAUUAUGGUGGUUUUGCUUUUAAUGGAAGAUGUAAAGUGGAUAUUUUACAAUUUGUGGAUGAUACUCUUAUGGUUGGGGAAGCAUCUUGGAAGCAAGUUUGGGCUAUUAAGACGGUGUUGAAAGCGUUUGAAUUGGUUUCGGGCCUUGAAUAA